UUGCUUUCAGUGAUCCCACGAGUCUCCUGUACUAAUUUCACAAUUAAAAGUUCACCGAUAGCUAAUUCUUCCUGUAUACUCAGCACAUACACAUAUAGCAAACAAAAGGCAGCAGUAUCAUUUUACAAUUUGCCAAUUAUUAGAUCUAUCAUAUCAAAUCCCCCAAUAGAUUUUGUUUACACCAAAAGUAGAAAAACACAAAUAAUACAUACAUAGAAAACAAAAAGGAUGGGUUUAUAUCAGAUUUCAAGAAACAGUUUGAGUAGAUGCCGAUGGCUAUUUUCAAUUUCAUUACAUCCCCAUCAACAAUUACACCAUUCCAAUCACAUCCAUGCUUCUCAAAAGGUUUUGGGUUGCAGAGUACUUCAUUCACGGGUUUCUAAUGCUCUUAGUGGUAGAUGGCAACAAAUUCAUCAUCAAAGCACUGCUGUAGCAGAGGAGCAAGUGGACCCAUUUUCCCUUGUUGCAGAUGAAUUAUCCCUUGUGACAAACAGGCUGAGAUCAAUGGUGGUUGCUAAGGUCCCAAAGCUGGCUUCAGCUGCUGAGUAUUUCUUCAAAAUGGGAGUAGAAGGAAAGAGGUUUCGACCCACAAUUCUGCUGUUGAUGGCAACUGCAUUGAACGUACCAAUUUCUAGAUCUGCACUCCAAGUGGAUGUUGAUUCUUUGUCCAUGGAUUUGCGUACAAGGCAGCAGAGUAUAGCUGAGAUCACUGAGAUGAUCCAUGUUGCCAGCCUACUUCAUGAUGAUGUACUGGAUGAUGCUGACACAAGACGUGGGAUAGGUUCUUUAAACUUAGUGAUGGGAAAUAAGAUAGCAGUACUAGCUGGAGACUUUCUGCUUUCCCGAGCAUGUGUGGCACUUGCCUCUUUGAAGAAUACCGAGGUUGUAUCCCUUAUGGCAACUGCUGUGAAACAUCUUAUUACUGGAGAGACAAUGCAAAUUACGACGUCUUCGGAUGAACGUUGUAGCAUGGAGCAUUAUAUGCAGAAAACAUAUUACAAGACUGGAUCAUUGAUUUCAAAUAGUUGCAAAUCAAUCGCACUACUUGCUGGGCAUACUGCUGAAGUCUCCAUAUUGGCUUUUGACUAUGGAAAAAAUUUGGGAUUGGCAUUUCAAUUAAUAGAUGAUGUUCUUGAUUUCACGGGCACAUCUGCAACUCUUGGCAAGGGUUCAUUGUCUGAUAUUCGUCAUGGUAUAGUAACUGCCCCAAUAUUGUAUGCCAUGGAGGAAUUUCCUCAACUGCGUACGCUGGUGGACCGAGGUUUUGAUGAUCCUGUCAAUGUGGAGAUCGCUCUGGACUACCUUGGUAAGAGCAGAGGGAUACAGAGAACAAGAGAACUUGCAAGAAAGCAUGCUAGCCUUGCGUCAGCGGCAAUUGACUCUCUUCCAGAGAGCGAUGAUGAGGAUGUUCAGAGAUCAAGACGGGCACUUGUAGAACUUACUCACAGAGUCAUCACAAGAACAAAAUAGGGGGAAUAAAGGGAAUCUAUCAGGUUCAGCUGUGCAGCCACACAUUCAAUUACUGUACCUUGGGAUAGCCGAGGGUAUAUCGGAAACAGCCUCUCUAGCUUCCCAAGGUAGGGGUAAGGUCUAUAAACCACCCUCCCCAGACCCGAAUUGUGGGAUUACACUGGGUAUGUUGUUGCAACACGAAAUCCUGUAUUUCUAGGGACAACAUACCCUAACUUUACGUUAUGAUUUUCUUAUAGAUAGAUAAUUUAUGAUUCUUCUCAUCCAAAAAUUAUUUGGAGACACAUUGAUGUUGUACAAGGUUAUCCAGUUGAAACUAAGUGGAUAUAUCCUUUGAUACACAAAUUCAAAAUGGCUAUUGACCAGGUGUGCGUGUUCAGGUCGGUUUUGUAUUAUUUGGAUUUCAGUUUCUUAUUUUCGCUUUGAGAAAAUUGUAAUCCAAUCUGACACAAAAUAAGUUUGAGUUUGUUAGCAUUCAAAAAAUACUUGUUCAUUCAGUGUCUA